GGUCAAAGCUGUUGUUGCUGGUUGCAUAUGUUCAGGGCCACGACUGACAACAGAGCCUUAGGAAGAUCGUAAUAUUAAAGAUGGCAAAAUGCUUGGUCAAGAUCCGGACUCAACGAAGUCUCCACUUGCACAUGGUGAACCACUGUAGCAGUAAUGUGUUUGUUCGUCUGCUGAAACAUGGCUCCAAGGUCAUACCUCGAAAUGCUGGUGCCCCAUUGCCUAAAACGGAUGCUUCUGAACCCCUGACGGUCAGCUCACCAGUGAAGAGAGCUGGGGGUGCAGAUGCUCUGAGCGAAGAGGAAGAGCAAGUGAAAGAAGACUCCUUAACCAUCUCUGAACUAGCAUACAAUCCCAGCGCCAGCCUGCUCCCCACCCCCGAGGAUGACGAAGAAAUCGACAUGCUCUUCGACUGUCCGUCUAGGUUUGAAUUAGACAGAGAAGACACGGAUUCAUUUGAGGAGCUGGAAGCAGAUGAAAAUGCCUUUUUGAUGGCUGAAGAGGAGGAGCUGAAGGAAGCCCGUCAAGCUUUUUCAUGGAGCUAUUCCAUCCUGACCGGCCGAAUCUGGCUCAAUCCUAUGGUGAAGCGUUGCUCCAGGCUCCUUGUGGUGGGCCUGGGACUGCUGCUGUUUGUAUUUCCCCUGAUCCUCCUCCUUUUGGAGUCAGGUAUUUAUCUCUCCUUCUUAUGCAAAAACCGAAUUUGAGCAGUUCCACUAUACAUACUACUGUCCCCUGAAGGAGUA